CACCUUUAGCUCGAUCUAAGCCAUCUAAUUAAUUAAGCAUUAUACUUAGAAUGUCGGGCGGCGAUCAUGCCCCUACUCUUCCGGCACCCAAAGUUUGCGUCACCGGAGCUGCUGGAUACGUCGGCUCCUGGCUCGUCAUGAAGCUCCUCCAAAGAGGUUACGUCGUCCAUGCAACCGUUAGAGACCCCGGGAACACGAAAAAGGUGAAACACUUACUAGAACUGCCGAAAGCGGAGGGGAACUUGAGGCUGUGGAAGGGGGUGUUGGAGGAAGAAGGAAGCUUUGACGACGCCAUUGCAGGGUGUGAAGGUGUGUUUCAUGUGGCCGCCACCCCUGUGGAUGUCGUGUCCGAUGACCCUCAGAAUGAGAUAAUCAGGCCGGCAGUUAAGGGGGUCCUGAGCAUCAUAAACUCCUGUGCAAAAGCAAAAACUGUGAAGAGGCUGGUUUUCACUUCCUCUGCUGUAACUCUCCUCGUCCAAGAAAACCCAAAGCCCGUCUACGACGAAAGCAGCUGGAGUGACUUGGAUCUCAUAUAUGCCAAGAAAAUGCCUGGAUGGAUGUAUUUUGCAUCCAAGACACAGGCAGAGAAGGAAGCAUGGAAAGCAGCUAAAGAAAAGCAAAUUGACUUCAUCAGUAUCAUACCACCACUAGUCAUUGGCUCAUCCAUCGUGCCAACAGUACCACUCAGCUCCAUUAUCGCACUCUCACCAGUAACAGGGAACGAAGCUCACUACUUUGUCAUUAAGCAAGGGCAAUAUGUGCAUCUGGAUGAUCUCUGCGAGGCUCAAAUAUUCUUAUUUGAGCAUCGCAAAGCAGAGGGAAGAUUCAUCUGCUCUUCUCAUGAUGCUACCAUUCACGAUUUAGCAAAGAUGAUCAGACAGAAUUGGCCAGAAUACUAUGUCCCCUCUGAGUUUAAGGGUAUUGAAAAGGACCUGCCGGUUGUGUCUUUGUCAUCCAAGAAGUUACUAGACAUUGGAUUUCAGUUCAAGUACACACUGGAGGACAUGUACAGAGAAGCUAUAGAGACCUUGCGGAACAAGUGUGUGCUUCCAUAUUCUAUUAAACCUCCUCCCAAAGAACAAGAAUGGGAGAAUGGCAAAACCUUAGAAGCUUGAGUAUCAUUGGUCCUCUCAAAAUGUUGUAUUACAUUUAUAAAACUGGAAGAAUAAGUGGGAUGCUUGUCCUGAAUAAUUUUAAUGAAGCGGUCUACCCAGUUUCUAGUUCCCUGGAAA